UAGUUUUAAUAACUGCCUGAGUGUUUUUCCUCCUUGAAAUGUAAUUGGCUAAAUAAUCAUCCAAUAAAAACACACACAGCGGAAGCGUCAUAUUUUUCUAUUUGCUGAAAGAUAUUUUUUUAACACUGUCACAACAUGGAAAAACAAAUAAGGAAGCAGAAAUAUAUCGAAAAGGUUUUCAGUUUUUUCUUUGUGUACUGCCUCUCACUCUCAUCUUAAAUUACAAUAACAACGUGGAAGGAGGGUGAAACUUUUCUCCUCCGGAUAAAUGAUCUUUCGGAAAACCGACGUUUGGGUUAAGAUGAAAGAAAAAUAAAUUUUGCAUAACAUAUCAAUCUACAAUAGAAAACACCGGUAUAGAAGAUGUGUUCUCUUGUAAAUUUUAUCUUUUUGAAUUAAACUUUGACAAUCACUGGAAUUAUGCACUUAAAGACACUAAAUAUAUCAGAAAUGAGCUGAUGAGGAUUCAGGCGAAUAUACCCAAAUUUUGUAUUACAUAGCAUGGCAGUAAAGUUAUUUCAUCGAAUCUAUAAAGCGGUUAGUCGGAAAAACAAAGAUAGCUACCGGCACAAGCAACUAAACGAGACAAAAUACUACGUCGACGCUGGUCAGUAUUUUAUCGAACGUUGCGACUUAAUUAUCCGAGCAAACGAUAACAGAAAAAUCAAAAAAAAUUCUUCAAAAGCAAAUUUGAACAGGCUGAGUGGGAUUAGUUUGAAGUCGUAUAAUGAAAUUGGACAGCAGAGAGCAAAAAGAAGAAAUGCUAUUUUCGAGUUGUCCGAAGAUGAGCGAGUUGGGUUAAGCUUGGUCUUAAAGACACAUAUUCAAACUCGAAGAUUACUCGAUUAUGGAAUGCUAUAGCGGUAAAGAAAUCCGUUAAAGACUCGCCGCGAAGAAAAUGUGUAAAAUUUAAAAAGAAUCGCUGGCCGUGGAAUUGGCUCGUCAUACGUUGACUGCGAUGAAGAUUUUAUUUAUAUUAUAUAACAAUUUUGAAAAAAAAAAGAAUAUUUAAAAGUAUUGUGGACAACAUUGAAUGAACUACAGUGCCUUUGACGACCCGGGAAAAUUAUUUUCCUUACUAAAGAACAAUUAAAUGAUAAAAAAAACAAUUUAGUUUUUAUUUUUAUACUCGGUUAAUGCAAUAUUUCUUUCUCAUACAGUUUGUGAAAUGUAUUGGGUAAGUGAGUCGAUGGCAGGAACCUCAACUCGUUUUAUACAUGGUCACGGUCAGAGAAAUACAACUUUAAGACGCAUACUACUUUACUCAACUGAGACAGAAGUCUGGGCUCGAAAUUGGGUAAUAAACAAAAGAGUACUAAAAAAAUAAUUUGUUUACAUUUUUUUAAACAAAAAAUAUACAUAAAAAAGAACAAAUUUUUGUAGAAUUUUUAAUUUAUUAUGUCGUAAAAAAAAACUGUUUUGAUGUUUAUUCAUUUUUUUCUGCUGUAUACAAAUGAUUGCGUUGUAGUUUUGCAGAUUAAGGUAUCGGUUAGCUGUCGUGAUAGGAGAGGACUGAUUGCCAAAGCUCCCUAUGCCUCUUGCAUUUGUAGCAUUAUUUGAUGUGAUUUCAUUGAUUUGUAGCCUCAUUGUGUGACACAUUGGUUUAAAGCAUCAUUCGGUGUGAUCUCAUCGGUUUGGGCAAGGAGUAUUCGGUGUAAUUUCAUUGGCUCGUAGCAUCAUUCAACGUGAUUCCAUUGGUUCGAUUGUUUUCUUCUACGUCAGAUUAAUAACUUUGUGUUUAUUAGAAAAAACUUUGUGGAAUAUA